UAGUGCAUCUAUAUAUAUAAAAAGCCUUACACGUUCUUCUACCUUGUCAACUAUUCAUUCAUUCUUCGCAACUUUCGUUACAAAUUUUCACACAGACAGAAACACAUACACAGAGACAGAUAAAAGACUCCAUUGAUUGAUUAAUGGCUACUAAAGUUUAUAUAGUUUACUAUUCUACUUAUGGACAUGUUGAGAAGCUGGCUGAACAGAUAAAGAAAGGAGCUCAAUCCGUGGAAGGAGUAGAGGCAAAACUGUGGCAGGUACCCGAGACAUUGUCUGAAGAAGUUCUUGGGAAGUUGGGAGCACCACCAAAGAGUGAUGUACCUGUCAUUACUCCUGGUGAGCUUGCUGAGGCUGAUGGUUUACUUUUCGGUUUCCCAACUAGAUAUGGAACGAUGGCUGCACAAUUUAAAGCCUUUAUAGAUUCAACUGGAUCGCAAUGGAGAACUCAAGAGCUUGCAGGCAAGCCUGCAGGACUUUUCUAUAGCACUGGAUCACAAGGAGGUGGACAAGAGACUACCCCCUUGACAGCCAUUACUCAGCUUGUUCACCAUGGAAUGAUUUUUGUGCCUAUUGGGUACACAUUUGGAGCUGGCAUGUUUGAGAUGGAGAAGGUGAGAGGUGGCUCCCCAUAUGGUGCAGGAACUUAUGCCGGGGACGGAUCAAGACAGCCUUCUGAGCUAGAGUUGGACUUGGCUUUCCACCAGGGAAAGUAUUUUGCUGGCAUUUCAAAGAAACUCAAGGGAACAGCUUGAUUUUAUCCCUCACCAUAUAUACAACAUUUCCCAUCUCAGAAAUUGUUUUCAUUUGCCUUGUUGUAUUAAAACUAUAAUUAUGUGUUUUGCUGAUUAGUUUCCCUUCCAUUUGCCUUGUUUGUAAUAAAACUAUAUUUGAUUUUAUCUCA